UGUUUACUAAUGUAGCGCAGUUUGGUAACGCCCCGUUGGUAACACUGCUGCCUUCUUCAUGCGUGUCUCCAGUCGACCGCUCAGCCGCCAUCAUGUCUGGAGGCCUUAGUGUGAUGAGCCUUGAGGAGAAUGAUGUGACCCGCUUCCUGGCUGCGGGCACUCAUCUCGGGGCCAAUAAUGUCAACUUCCAGAUGGAGCAGUAUGUCUACAAGCGCCGCCAAGAUGGUGUUUAUAUCAUCCACCUGCGCAAGACUUAUGAGAAGAUUCUGCUGGCUGCCCGAGCUAUUGCAGCCAUAGAAAAUCCUGCAGAUGUCUAUGUGAUCUCCUCACGCCCCAUGGGACAGCGUGCUGUGCUGAAGUUUGCAAGGUACACUGGUGCCACACCCAUUGCUGGCCGCUUCACCCCUGGAGCCUUCACUAACCAAAUUCAGGCUGCCUUCCGUGAGCCCCGUCUGCUAGUGGUUACUGACCCUGCCUCUGACCAUCAGCCCAUCACAGAAGCAUCAUAUGUCAACAUCCCUGUCAUUGGCUUCUGCAACACUGACUCUCCUCUGCGUUAUGUGGAUGUUGCAAUUCCUUGCAACAACAAGGUAAGGGAAUUUAGUAGAGUUAAGGAGGUCUUAUCAGUUUAUAUGUAUUUUUUACAUAUUGGGUUAAAGUAAUGAAGCAUAUACCAG